UAUAAUUAUAUAUCUAAAGAGAGAAAAAUUUUGCAUCUUAUUACAUGUGUACUGUACAGUACAUUAGAGUUUCGAAUACAAUGGUCGAAGAUAUUUAAACAUUCGUAUUGUUUAAUCAGACUUUAUUAGUCAUUCAGACACUAUUAUUUAAACAACAUAUUAGUCAGUGUCUUUCCGUUUUGUAUUUUCAAAAACAGAUAUUUCCUGGCAAGGUUUUACUAUAUUAAGAAGUAUGUACUGUACAUAGUCUUGUCAUUAAAAAAAUUAGGAUCCUUUUGAUUUUUCAUUGAUGUCGUGUGAUGUGAAAUGAUAUUUUCAAAAUAUAUAAUAACUGCCAUCAAAUUUCUUGCAGCUAAUUUUGAUAAUUAAUAUGGAAUUUCGAGCUCUUAAAAAAUCUAAAUUAACUGUUGAUUUUCCACAAAUGAAUCCUCCUACAGAGUUUAAUGGAAUGCAGCUACAACGACAAAGUUGCCAACAGACAUUUCAGAAUUACUCCUUUUAUGAGAAAAGUUUACCAUAUCCAAUUUCUAUGGACUAUAUAAAUCAAUUUAAUGAAUCUGUUAACUUUCAACCUACUUCAGAAUUUUUCGAUAUGCAACAGCUUGGUUUAAAUUCAGGAAACCUCUUAAGCAAUCAAAACGAUAACGUGAAUAUUGUAUCAUCAUCAUCAGAUAAUCAACAAUUUAAUUUCGAAUGUUCUAUAUGUGGCGAUAAAGCAUCAGGAAAACAUUAUGGUGCUUACAGUUGCGAUGGAUGUAAAGGAUUUUUUAGAAGAAGUGUUCGAAAAAAUCAAAGAUAUCGUUGUCGAAAAGAUUCUAACUGUAUUAUAGAUAAAAAUGGAAGAAAUCAAUGCCGUUUCUGCAGAUUUAAAAAAUGUUAUCAGGUAGGAAUGAAGAUUGAAGCUGUUCAAAACGAAAGAGAUAAAAUUAAGAUUACAUUUAAUGAUUAUGCAGCGAGUCCUCCUAUAGACUUUAAAUUAUUAUUAGGAGGAAACUUUCCGAAAUUAAAGUUUGAUGAGAAAAUUGAAGCCGUACAGAAUUUUGCAACGUUACAAAAAAUCCACGAAUCUAUUUCUUAUCAGUUGUGCAACAUGGUUAACUGGGCAUUGGAACUCCCUCCUUUUACAAAAUUAUCCAAAAAAGACCAACUAAUUUUAUUACGUUUCCAUGCUGGAGCAAAUUUGAUACUUGGAUUAUCUGUCAGAUCUUUGAAUAUGAAAGAUACCCUUUUAUUAGGUAAUAAUUUUGUCAUAGCCAGGGAUACUACUGAUCUGGUCGUUAGUGAAAUAAAAUGCAGAAUUUUGGAUGAACUAGUCAAUGUUUUUAGAGAAUUAGAAGUAGACAAUACAGAAAUUGCUUACCUCAAAGCAAUUGACUUCUUUAAUCCUCAUGCAAAAGAUUUAACUGAUGUCGAAACAGUUAAGGAUAUACGCUAUCACAUUAUCUGCAGUUUAGAAGAUUAUGUCUUAUAUAAUCAUCAAUGUGGUUCAAGAGGACGUCUUUCUCAAUUGUUAGUAACGUUAUCAUCUUUGAGGGACAUUGCAAAACAAAUGAAAGAAAAAGUCAAAACUUCCAAUUCAAUUCAUUUGUCCGACGUUAAUCAUCUUAUUCGAGUAUUAUUAAUGGACGAUGAUUCGCUGUUAAUGCCAUUGACCGGCUGAAGUAUCGAAGAAGAUAAAAGGAUUUAAAUAAGCAAAUUUUAAAUAAAAUUAAAAUUACAAAGCAAUGAUUCAAUAUUUCUGUGUUUAUUUAAUUGAUCAUUUAAUUCAAACGUAAAAAUAUCAAAAAUAUGUGUUUUUAAUAUAAAG